CUCACCUGGGCUGCCGCGGCCACCGCCGGCGGGGUGACAGCCUAGCGCUGCCGCAGUCGCCGCUAUUUCUGGCGGAGUCGCUGUUGCCGUCGCGGGUCGUGUCGGCCGGUCGUUGUCGCGGGUGACAGGAGCUCGGGGAGUGAUGUGAGUAACGGAUACGGAGGUCGGCAUUGUUCUAGUGUAGUGUUCUAUUGUCUGACCUGUGGUUUUACCGACUACUCAUUGUGGAAAUUGAAUUUUGAACCAUUCCUAAGUGGACUUCGCCUACUUUUGUGGAUGGAAACUCGCAGCCUGUGGGGUGAGUUCGACUGGCAGGACUACAGCUGGAGGUCUAGGCGCAGGAGAGACUGCUGCAGCUGCAGCUCGGAGUAUCUUCGGUCCCGUUCUUACUUCACUACCACUGUGAUUAUCGACCGCAGCUCGAUGGCGCCCGGGACGUCGUCCAUGCUGCGGGCACGUCGGAGAGACGUGAACGUCAAGCCCAACCGAGUGUUGGACCGCAACUCUUCUCGUGGCAUGAUCUACGAGAACGAGGAGUUGCGACUGCGGACCAUCAACAUCAACGCAGAAGUCGAGAAAGGACACAGUGACAUCAAAAAGCUUCGUUUGGAGAAUGAUCGGCUGCGGCGGGAGAUCUGGAACCUGAGAGAUGAGUAUGACAGGUUGGAAGCACUCUAUAAAGCUAAACAGUUGUCCAUGGAUACUGAGGAAGAGGAGUUGGAGUCUGAGGAUCAAGAGGCCGAAGGAGAGGGAGAGCCUCAACCAGAAGACCGGGACGAGACAGCUGAAGACAACAUGGCUAACCAGAGGAAGGACGGUGAUGUGCUAAGUGUGGUUGAGGAGGAGCCAGAAGAUCUUUCAGACAAUGGGGAGGACCAUCGACAAAGGACCGUUAGUUUCAAGGACGACAACCUGACAGUCCCGGGGAAGUCUCAACAGUCGGAGGAUGUGGAGACACUCCCUUGCUGGCCUGACGACUCCUACAUCCCGGGACCUCAGAUUCCCGUGCCCCGCAACCCGUUCCCGGGACUGGAAACUCUCCUCAGGAACGUCACCGCCGAACAACAGGACCAGGAAUGUACACAUCAUAUACCUGUGUAUACAAACACAAGAGCCAACUCCCGCACUUUCGUCAGCUCAAUCGUCUCUAUCCUACACUUGCCUGGAGUGGGAGUAGCGGAGUAUGACCAGUAUCAAUGGGCGUGUUUAACAUCUCCUGACAGGAAUGUACACAUCAUAUACCUGUGUAUACAAACACAAGAGCCAACUCCCGCACUUUCAUCAGCUCAAUCGUCUCUAUCCUACACUUGCCUGGAGUGGGAGUAG